AUGGAGGCUCAAAAUGCAAUCGCUCUGAACGACCUAUCUGGGUACCUAGAUCCCGACUCGGGAGAAAUACCAGAAGAAGCAGCAAUAGCUCACCAGGAGUUCUCUCUCCCACGAGCUGACAGCGGGAAAGAUGCGUGGUUGUUCUUGGCUGCUGGAUUCGUGAUUGAAGCUCUUGUGUGGGGAUUUCCGUUCUCCUUUGGUGUCUUCCAAGAAUUCUACGGCCACCAUGAACUCUUCUCAUCGAACUCUUCUGGCAUUGCCGUCAUAGGAACAACUGCCACAGGACUGAUGUACGUGUCUGGCCUCGUCCUCUUCCCCGCGUACAAAAAAUUCUCCCACCUAGCCAGCACCUUGAAAUGGGCCGGCCUCCCUCUCAUGGCAGCCGGUAUUUUCGCCGCCUCCUUCGCCCAAAACGUGCCACACCUCAUCCUAACACAAGGAGUCCUCUACGCCCUGGGCGGAUGCAUCAUCUAUUAUCCCACCCUGCUGUAUAUCGACGAGUGGUUCGUGCAGCGUAAAGGUCUUGCCUUCGGGAUCAUGUGGGCUGGUACAGGAGCGGGAGGUCUCAUCAUCCCGUUCGUGCUGAACAGUUUGCUGCAGAGAUGGGGAUUCCGCACCACGUUGCGGAUUUGGGGCACGGCGCUUCUCAUCCUCUCAUCACCCCUCAUCUGCUUCCUAAGACCUCGGAUUCCAGUGUCGAGGAACCCAACUUCGCAGCGUUAUGUUGGCCUCGGGUUCUUGAAAUCACCUUCGUUCUGGCUGUUGCAAGUCGGGCUUGUGAUUGAGUCGGUGGGAUGUUUCAUUCCUAGCUUGUACCUUCCCACGUUUGCUAGCUCGCUUGGACACUCGAGAGCAGUUGGGACGAUGUUGGUUGCGCUGCUGAAUGCUUCUGGCGUCGGGGCUACUGUUAUAAUGGGUAUGCUCUGUGAUCGCUUCCACGUCACGACUAUCAUCCUUCUCUGCUCCGUUGGGGCGACCAUCUCAGUCUUCCUCUUCUGGGGCUUGUCCACAGCCUUACCACUCCUGAUCGUUUUCGCUAUCGUCUAUGGAUUCUUUGCUGGUGGAUUCGUCAGCACGAAUGCGGGGGUGAUGAAGCUGGUUAAGGGUGAAGAUCCAACGGUGGAUAUGGGGCUGUUGAUUGGGAUUAUUAGUGCGGCGAGGGGAGUUGGCGCUGUGGCAGCGGGACCGUUGAGCGAGGCGCUUUUGAAGGGCGAGAGCUGGAAGGGGAGAGUGGGACUGGGGUAUGGGAGUGGUUAUGGGGAGUUGAUUGUCUUUACAGGGGUGACGGCCUGGUUUGGGGGUGUUGGGUUCUUGGGAAGAAGGUUAGGCUGGAUGUAG